AUGUCUGAAAUAAUCCCUCAUUUAUUUUUGUCAUCAGUUGUCUAUGCCAAAGAUUAAUAUUGGUUAAACAAGAAUCAAAUUAAAAAUAUUCUCAUUAUUGGAGAUUUACCUAUAUAUUUUCCUUCUCAAUUUUCUUAUAAAUGCAUUGAUAUAGAGGAUAAACCAGAAAAUAACCUUAAAUAAUAUUUUGAAGAGUGUAUAGACUAUAUUGAUUCAAUAAUUGAUCAAAAUAAAAAUAUUUUAGUUCUGUUAUGGGGGCUAAAGUCGAUCAGUGACUAUUAUAACAGCAUAUAUUAUAAGUUAUUAAGGAUUAAUUCGUUAAGAGCGUUAAACUAUGUAAAAUAAAAGCAUUCCAGAGCAGAAUCUAAUUCAGGGUUCUUAGAUUAAUUGAAGAUGUUUCAAAGAGAUCUUUAAAUAUAUUAACUCUUAUUUUUUUAUAAUCUUUUUUUAAUCAUCUUAACUUCCCAAAAUCUAAAAUUGAUUAAAAUUUCAUACAGCACUCAAUAUUACUAGUUUGAAAUACUCUAUGAUUCAAAUUUAAUUGUUAUAAUAAUAACUUUCUUUAUUAUUGAUAUUUAUAGAAUUUUAUAAAUCUUCUGA